UAUGUGCUUCCACAGCAGAAAGAGAAGUUUAUGCUUUUCAGAGGCUUUAAGAGUAGUGCUUCAUUGGAUGAUCAAAACAGUUUUAUAGCCAUCAUCCUUGCGUCUUGUCUUCGCUAAGGUUUCUGGCCGUUCAGUUGUCUUCAUUUUUUCUGUGUUCAGUUUUGGGUCUUGCCAUUUAGACUUUUAGCCCUCAACAUGAGUAAGUGUCACAGUGAACUGACUCAGAAGGAGCAGGAGAUGCUGAAAAUUCGGCGGGACAGCGACACAAAGGCGGCCGAACUUGUCAAGAUGGAGAGGAUGCUCCAGCAGACCAAGAAUCUGCUGGACAAGAAGACAGAGUCUGGUUCGAAGAGCAUGGGAUACCAGGAGAACAUGGUGGAGGACCUGGAGGAAAAGGUGCGCUCCAGCAGACAAUACAGGAGAAACUCCCUCCAUCACACGCAGAUGCUGGAGAGCCAGAUGAAAACUGUGAAAGGUGAGCUGGUGGGCACCCUGGACCACCUUCAGGAGCUGAGGAAUGUCCUACGGCGUUCACAGCAGAAGGCAGAAGAACGCAAGGCUGCAAUGGAGAAGCUGGCUGCAGGGCUCAGGUGAAGAACCUUUGACCGCAAUAAACCUGAAAUCCUACAUCCUGUCAGAAAGGCUGUGCAGAAUUCACAUCUAAUGAGAUGGCACCCAGUCACCAGUGAAACGAUAGAGGAAGAAAGUCCUUUCACUGUGUUUUUCCCCAUCUCAGCAGUGAGGCUGUAAAUCUUCAUCAUUUGGACUUGAAACAUGAAUAAGUUUCAACUACUCUUCCUUCACUUUUUCAUUAAUCUCAGUAAGUCUCAUAGUAAUAUAGUGAAUUUAAAGCAUCUGAUUCUUUGUACCUUCUGAAAGUAUUUGAAAGAUGAUUAACCAUCGGUGUUUAUGCGAACGGGAAAAACCCAUUACACAUGUCUUCAUAGAUAUUAAAUUAUACAUGUAGUUCUUCACAUUACUAAGAAGUACCUUUUAAGCCUGAUAUAUGGAGCUUAGGCUUGUAUUAGAUCCCUCAUUUUAGAGGCAAUGAUGAGUCGUAUUAUCUCCUAGAAAGAUGUCCUGAACUCUUCCACAUUCAUAUGUUCCUCUUUGUAUGAGAAGAAAAACUGUCAAUGAUAUACAGUAAAUCUUAUAUUUAUCUUACAUUUCUUUUAAUCACAUUUAAUGAAUAUAUCCCUGUUAACUAAUAAUAUUUAGGUUGUUACUGAACUCAGAAUUUGAAUUUAUUAAUAAGUCAGUCAUCACAUUACUGAAGGUAGUAUUAUUGUUAUUACUAUUAUUCACAACUUAUUUGAAUGAGAGUUCUUACUCAAACUAUUAUGAAUUCUGCUAUAUAUUAAAAUGAUAAACAGCACAUAGAUUUAUAUCUUUGUCUGAAUAGUAUAGAAAAAAAUGUU